UGGGUGGUUUCGUCAAACGGGCAGAUCCGCCACGGCCCAGCGCCGAACACAUAGGCCGUCCUCCGCCUCUGUGCCCGGCCGGCCUUCUACCGUGAACUACACCCUCUCCCCCUCGGUAUAUUAAUGCGUUAUGAGUGACUCCAAGAAGGAAUCAUCUGGAACUGAAGGAGGGAAAGCAUCUAAAAGAGGGAAAAGUUCUGGAUCCCAGGAUUCCUCUCAGCCCUCUCCGUUGGCCCUGCUAGCAGCCACCUGCAGUAAGAUUGGAGGGCAGGGGGGAGUGGAGGUGGCCCAGGCCCAGGCAGGGGCACAGCAGUUCCAGAUCCAGACCGGUCAGAUCCAGCUGCAGGCCGGUCAGCUCCAGGGUCAGAUAGUGUUGGACACAGCAGGGGGUCAGACCCUGGUGCCCCAACAGCUGGAACUGGUCCCAGCUCAGUUCACGGGGAACGGCUGGCAGAUCAUUACAGCGGCUCCUGCUAUGGCCAAGGAGAACCCCAAUCAGCCUGUUGCAGUGACCGUGGCCACCACCUUGGCUAAUGACAGCUCUCCAGGUGGACGUAAGAUGAAGGCUGUGGCUGGGACCAACAGUGUUGCAGCCAAUCAUCAUCAGCAGCAGCAGCAGUUCCAGAUCAUCCAGGUUCAGAACCUGCCCAAUGCCGGGGGCGGGGUCCAGUAUCAGGUCAUCCCUCACCUGCAGACUGCAGAUGGACAGCAGAUCCACAUCAGCUCGGCUCAGGCGGCCUCCCUCGGGAAUCUAACGGAGCAAGUCCAGCUCAUCCAAACCCAGAGUCCAGGCCAGACCAUCCUCCAGUCAGCCAACCAGCAGGCCAUUUUGACAACUACAGCCAAUCAGACGGUCCCACUGCAGAUCCGUCCUGCACAGUCUUUCCCGCUGCAACUGCAGACUCUGCAUGGCUCCCAGACUCCUGUUAUGACCACGGUACCCAUAAACCUCGGUGGCAUGACCCUGGCUCUGCCUGUGAUCAAUAAUGUCGGAGGGGGCGGGGCUGUGCAGCUUAUCCAAUCAGCAGAUGGCACAUUCUCUGUUGCCAAUGGCAACCAGCUGAUGACAACAGCAAUGUCCGGGAUGGCUCCUGCUUCAGCAUCAAUUGGCUCGACAACAGCAGUAGCUGAAGGGGAAAGUGUGUCUGAAGCAGCACAAGUGGUUUCUGCUGGAUCAGAGGGUGGGUCAGUUGACACACAAGUACAGAGCAGUGAGGCAGACUCUCAAAGCCAGAAUCAGGCCAACGGACUGCUGACUCAGACAGAUGCUACAGGAACCAUACAGCAGGUGAUCGUGGGUCAGGUGGGGCAUCAGUUGGUGCAGCAGAUCCAGCUGCAGCCCCAGAGUCAUGGCCAGCAGCAACCUCAGCACAUUCAGACCCUCCAGCUAGCCCCCGGACAAACCCUUCAGCCCAUCCAGGCUUUCCAGAACCAAGCCCAGGUCCUCAUCCGUACCCCGACACUGUCCCCCUCUGGGCAGAUCACCUGGCAGACUGUCUCCCUGCAGGGUGGUUUGGGGACGGCAAUGCCACAGCAGCUGACACUGGCCCCGGUGGCUGGUGGGACGACAGUGGGGAGCGGAGGGCUGGUGUCCCUUAGUGGAGCCCCGCUGACGCUGAGCGCAGCACAAAUCAACCCCGGGUCUGGGGUGCAGACGGUCAGCAUCGCAGGGCUGGGCACCGCUGGACUUCAGGUGCAGGGUGUUCCCCUCACCAUCACCGGUCUACAGGGUCAACCACAGGGUCAGGAUGGGAUCAAACUUCAGUCGUCUCCCGUGACAGUCGCCGUCAGCAAUGUGGCACCCGGCUCAUCGUUGAGUCCAGACCAGCUGGGCUCUGUACAAAGUUCUUCAGACCAGGAGGGACCCCCCAGCAAGAGGCUCAGGCGUGUCGCUUGCUCUUGUCCAAACUGCAGGGACGGAGAGGGAAGGAACAGCGGGGACCCCACAAAGAAGAAGCAGCACAUCUGCCACAUGGAGGGCUGUGGGAAGGUGUACGGGAAGACGUCGCACCUGAGGGCCCACCUGCGCUGGCACACUGGCGAGAGGCCGUUUGUCUGUAACUGGAUCUUUUGUGGCAAGAGGUUCACCAGGAGCGAUGAGCUGCAGAGACACCGGAGGACACACACAGGAGAGAAACGUUUCGAGUGUCCUGAAUGCUCCAAGCGCUUCAUGCGCAGUGACCACCUGUCCAAGCACAUCAAGACCCACCAGAACAAGAAGGGCGGUGCCGCGGUGGCAAUCAUCACCACCGACGACAUGGAGGAAGACGCCCCAGACGGCCUCGCCACCUCCCCUCAGAUUGUCGCUGUGGAGACCCUCUCACGUGACUCUAACCCCGCCACACCCACCACUUCUAAUCACCAGGAGGAAGAGGAGGAGGAGGAAGAGGAGGAGUUUGAAUAGGCGACUGACUGCUGUUUCCUUUGCUGAAGGCUGACUUCCUGUUCUUCUGAGUCUUUGCAGGGACUGUGAGGGUGGAUACCGUUUCUUUUUUUUUGUUUUACAUAACUUUAAAAAACCUUCUCUCAUGAAAAAGGGACUCAAAAGAGAGAUGGAAUCACAUGAUGAACAGAAACCGAGAAAUAUUAACUUCUACAAUCCAAAAAAAUUACUAACAGACAUAAUAACAAAAUAAGUUUGCCUAAACAUAUGACAGAUUAGUUUGGCUUUAAUAAAAAUGAAUCUAUUAUAAUUCCAUGCUCGGUGGGUAAAGGAAUUUAGAUUAGUACAAGACGGGAUGGAAUGCUGAUUCUUAAUUCAUCUGACACCGAGACAUUUUCCGAAUCGCAGCAGAAUCUAACUCUAUGCACAAAGUUGUGUUCCUGUUUCAUACCUGUCAGACAGUGCUGAGGGUCAAUCAUAGUACAGGACUGUGGCAGAGCAGUGACAGGCAAGGACAGUCUGGGGUCGGAGUGUGUGUGCGUGCGUGCGUGUUUGUAUGUAUACAUACGAAUGAGUGUGUGUUUGUGUUCCCAUGCUGUCCCGGAGAGGAUCUACCUAAUUUGAGUUUUAUUCAUGGUUCAGGUUCAGUCCUCAGAUCAGAUUCAGGUGUUGAUUCUUACGAGACCAGUCAUCGGAUAAACUGUUAGUGAAGAAGAGAGGGGAUAGUUCUAAAAUAAAAGAAUAAGAAGAGUAGAAAAAAAAAGCACAUAUAAAAGAUUUAUAAAUAAUGCAUUCCUAAUGAGGUGCAGUGGCCAUUAGAAAAAAAGAGGUUUCUAUAGAGAAUAACAAUCUAGCUUUCUACAACUUUGUUUGUGUAGUGAAAGCAAUACUUUAAUGACAAUCCUAGUGAAACCAUGUUUACAUUGUCAGGGGAAGUUUUAAUGCCAGUUCGUCAAACAUCGGCAAGCAGAGCUGUCGUCCGAACAAAGCCGGGUCACCUUUGCAGGUACCACAGGGGGGCGUCACAGCAUCACAGCUGCGGCUCACCAUCAGGUGGUACCUGGUAGGCGAGACAUCGGUUUUGUCAGAUGGCUGCGCUGUCAUGGACGUUGCGUUCUCCUCUCUGUGCUCUGGUCACAACCCCCUUCCCACCUCUAACCCUGUCAACAUGACCGAUGUACCACAAUUGCCUUAACACAAGCUGUUGUACGGAGGGAGCUUCAGAGUGAGGUGGACGGAGAGAGAGAUGGGAGCUCUCCGUCAUUAUUUGGGGGGGGUGAUGCCGAGAGCGGACCCCAGCACAGGGAGGGGAGACGGCGAUGAGAGCUGUGGGUGGGCGUGGGUCGGGCUAUUUAGCUGUGUGGAUAUUUGAGAUGUUUUUCUGGUGGUGUUGCUCUGUGUUAGUUCAGUGCUUUUUUAAUUAAAAGAAACAUUUAUUUUAAGGAAUUUAUCGUUUGUUUUAAAAAGCCCCCUCCCCCGUAUGUUAACACACAGGACCCCACUGUGUUCGGCUAAUUUAUUAUUUAUCCUUGAUUUGUAAUAUUUGCCUUUUGCUGGACUCGUAUUUGUGUGCGUUAAUUCUGAGGUUGUGUACAGCAUGUUCAGUUUUUUGCAGUAGUGCCGCUUCUCUCUCUUCUUUACUCUUUGUGCUUCUUUUUUUUUUUUCUACGUCCGACCAUUGCUGUUAAUUUCUUCUUCUGUUUGGGCCAUAACAUGUUUUUGGAGAAAAAUAAAUAACAAAAGAAGAAGAAAGCAAAAAAAGUUAGUAUUGUUUAACGUUGAAAAAGGUUGAUACCAAACGAAUUUAGAUGUUUUUGGUAAUAUUUUGUGUGACAACCGACUUUUGUUUCUUUGAUAUUUUGUAGUGACAUCUCAUUUGUAAAUCUUUUUCUAAAGAUGUUUGUUCGUCUCCAUGACAUUUGAUAAUGAGUUUUUUGCCAGGUUAGCCUCAAAGGCUCCAGUUUAUUGAUAUUUUUAAAACUGGUUUGUACAAACGUGUUAUGUCAAUAAAAAAAAUAAGAAAAAAAACAACUUGAAGCAGAAGAAAAUGCUUUGCCUGCAUAACACUUGACAAUAAAGUGAUUAAAACUGUUAAA